UAAGAAAUUCACGCUCUAGAAAGGGACGGAUGGGUGCCAGGAAGUCGUUCAGCACCAUGGCAAUGGCCUGUAAUGGCUCGUCCAGCUAUGCGGAUGGACUUUAUUUCAUCCUCCCUAUAGAAGCCAACGCUUCUUCCAGCACCGCUUUAGCUGUCUGAUAGCUGGUGGUGGUGGAGUCCAGAUUCUCCCCAAAGCAGAGCUCGUCGGAGAUCGUAUUACUGGUAGCCACAUAUCCGUAGAGUAUGUGUGUGAAAGGAUUUUUCGAUACGAUGAAUAGUUUGUGAAUGAGAGCGUCUCGAAUACACCUGCGUCACGCGCGCUGCGGGACGCUACGGUGCUGAUUCAUGGCGCGGUGAGAAAUGGCUUUCUAUUCACCGAAACACGAAUGAGGGUCGGUAUUAUCGUGUAUUAGUGGUAUGUACAUAGAAAUGUAUUUAGAUGGCAGCACCUACAAGAAAUAGCAGAUGUUCCGAAAAAUCUCUAACUUGCAACUGUAAAUCGCCGAGUUCGCUCACGUUUGUUGUUUUUCUGUCGCGAAAUAUUUGUCACUAAUUUCGUACGAAAUGCCGAAAACAAAGGGGUCACUUUCGCGGGUUCGCAAAAGGAAAUUCCAAGGGAAUCAAUUUUCGGGGGAAGCAAGUGCGGAUCAUGUCAGUUCGUCGGCGAAAAAACUAAAAGACAUGGGCUUUGACGAUAUCGAAAUCGACGCAAGCACUAGUUACGUUAUUUGCAACUUCUUGAUGGUUUUCAACGCGUUGAGUGAAUUCCUGGUGUGCAAAUCUUGUUCUGGUGCAGUGAAGUUUGGACGCACGGCAGGACCUGGUGUUGGAUUCAAACUUAUUGUAAAUUGUUCGUGUGAAAAGCGCCAAAUUUUAUCGUCUCCGAUGUCGCAAAACGUUUACGAGAUCAACCGACGACUUUUAUUCGCUUUUCGCGUUUUCGGGUGCGGAUUGCAAACUGUAAAAACGUUUUGCUCUUUACUUGACAUAAAACACUCGUUCAGUAACAGUCAGUAUUAUAACUUCCUGGACAAUUUGAACGCCGCUUCGAAGGUCGUCUUUGACAUCGUCCGGAGGAAAGCCGCGAAAGAAGAAAUCGGAGCUAACUCCGCAGCUGGGAACGAGCCGACGCACCUGUCUGUUUCUGGGGACGGAUCUUGGAAAAAGCGGGGAUUUUCUUCGUUAUUUGGUCUCGUUUCCCUUAUCGGCAAGUACUCUGGCAAGAUUUUGGACGUGAUUGUAAAAUCAUCUUAUUGCCAAGCUUGCUACAAUUGGGCAUCGAAAAUAGGUACCCCGGAGUAUGAAGAUCAUGUUGACGAUUGUGCGGCGAAUCACAGUGAAAGUGCGGGCAAAAUGGAGGUGGACGGGGUGCGCGAAAUGUUUGAAAACUCGGAAAGCCUUCUGGGGGUAAAAUAUAAAUAUUAUAUUGGCGACGGAGAUACGAAAACCUUCAAGGCUCUGGCUGACAUGAACCCAUACGAUGAUUGCCCAGUGGCGAAGAAAGAGUGCGUAGGUCAUGUCCAAAAGCGCAUGGGAAGUCGUCUCCGCAAGCUGAAGAAGGACACAAAGGGGCUUGGGGGGAAGGGGGCUGGAAAACUAACCGAUAAACUCAUCACAGAAUUGACCCUUUUUUACGGGUUAGCGAUAAGAGGCAACGCGGAUUCAUCGUCGCGUAUGAAGGAUGCAAUCUGGGCAACUUAUUAUCAUAAGUGUUCCACCGACGACCAACCUCAACAUCAUUUGUGCCCCGAAGGAAGUGAGAGCUGGUGCAAUUGGCAAGUCGCUAAGGCGGAAGGAAAGCUCGAGACCUUCAAACAUAAACCUCCGCUCGCAGAAAUUGUUGCUGACGCCAUCAAGCCGAUCUACGAGGCUCUGUCCAACCCGGACCUGGAACGUUGUGUUGGAGCAAACACACAAAAUUCCAAUGAGUCGUUUAAUGCUAUAGUUUGGAGAAUGGCGCCAAAGCAUUUGCAUUGUGGGAGCCACGUGAUUGAAAUUUGUACCUACAUCGCAGCCUGAAUUUUUAAUGAGGGACGAUCAGCUUUGCUGAAGAUAAUGAACGUCAUGGAAAUCAGUGUUGGGCAGGAGGCCAGCCGAUACUCCCACAACGCCGACGAGAAAAUAAUUCUUGACGCCGAACGUCAAAUUUCAUCCACUGUUAGAGAAGCCCGCCUCGCAAAUCGUCUGCAGGAAAAGCAGAACCAGAAGCAGUUCGAACUUGAAGAAGGAAUCCUCUAUGGCCCAGGGAUAUGCGACUAAAAUCCUGAUUUGACUACAAGAGGCUGCAGGCUCGGAAUUUUUGGACGAUGUUUGCCGCGCGGAGGCAGACGAAAGCCGCCAUUUUGCAGCCGCCAUUUUGAAUUUCACCAUCAAAUUACUUUUAAAAAAUCUUCAAUAAUAAACGAAUUCAAAAAGCAAAACCCGAA